GGAAAAGGGGCAAGAACAUGGUCCGUCUAAAAACACCUCUAAUUUUAGUGAUUACUUCUUAAAUUAUUCUAAACCGUCAAAAAAAUCUGCCUUUCCUCCGCAAAUCCCUGUUUUUAAAAACCAACAACGCAGGACCCUCGACAGCAAGCGCAAACGGUUUGUAGAGAAGGUUGGGAAAGAGAUGGGGAGAGGGGAACGGCGAGAGGAGGAACAGGAAGGAGUAAUGGCGACCGACUUUUUUUGGUCAUACACGGAUGAGCCUCACGCUUCCAGGAGACGCCAGAUCCUCUCUCAGUACCCUCAAAUCAAAGAGCUCUUUGGUCCUGACCCCUUGGCUUUCCUUAAGAUUACUGUGGUUGUUUUGCUUCAGCUGUGGACUGCUACAACCCUCCACAGUGCAGGUUGGCUGAAGAUUUUGGGGAUAGCUUAUUUCUUUGGUUCCUUUCUCAACCACAACCUCUUCUUAGCCAUCCAUGAGCUCAGCCACAACCUCGCCUUCUCAACUCCAGUCUACAACCGUUGGCUUGGGAUUUUUGCUAACCUUCCUAUUGGUGUGCCCAUGUCUGUGACUUUCCAGAAGUAUCACCUUGAGCAUCAUCGUUUCCAAGGAGUUGAUGGUAUUGAUAUGGAUAUCCCAAGUCAGAUAGAAGCUCAUGUCGUGACCAAUGUAGUCACAAAAUCAAUUUGGGUCAUCUUCCAACUCUUUUUCUACGCUCUCCGCCCUUUGUUCUUCAAACCCAAGCCCCCUGGUUACUGGGAGUUCAUCAACUUAUUUAUUCAGAUAGGGCUUGAUGUGGCCAUGGUUUGGUUUUGGGGCUGGAAAUCAUUUGCUUACUUGAUUCUUUCAACAUUUGUUGGGGGUGGAAUGCACCCAAUGGCUGGCCAUUUCAUCUCAGAGCAUUAUGUAUUCAACCCCGACCAAGAGACAUAUUCUUAUUAUGGCCCUCUCAAUCUCCUCACAUGGAGCGUGGGAUAUCACAACGAGCACCAUGAUUUCCCCAGAAUCCCCGGAAGCAAACUCUACAAGGUGAAGGAGAUUGCACCAGAAUAUUAUGAUAACCUAGAGUAUUACAAAUCUUGGAGUCAGGUCAUUUACAUGUAUAUCAUGGAUCGGACUAUAGGCCCCUUCAGCAGAAUGAAGAGGAAGCCAGCAACGACCAAAAAAUCCAACUAGGUUUUCUCUCAUUUGGCACCAUCUUGUCUGCUUUAUUGGUCUAGUGCAGUUAUGUCAUCAUUUUUUCCUUAAAUUUUGUCCGUCUGUAACAUUCAUGAGGAUUUGGGUAUUGUGGUGUAGUAUUAGACUGAGUCCAAGUGAGCUAUUCAUUUGUCAACAAUUAAGAAAAAUAUUAAUUUGUUCAUUGAUUUAUGCACCUUGUUGGAACAAGUAUUUAGAGUUAUCCAUUCAGAAUAAAUCUUGAUUAUAAAAACUCUUUACGCUG